AUGGUAGCAUCUUCUAUGGAUUUCGAUGACAAUUCGGAGGUUGCUCACCCUCUCCGUAACUCCCACCAUCGUGGGAGAAAUGACAACAAUAAUAGGGGUAGAAAUUCCGGCGGUGGGGGUAAGAAAUCCGGCGGUGGUGGCGGCAACAGGUCUGGCCGUGGCGGCGGCGGCAGGAAGUCCGACAGCCGCGGUUCUGGGGUAGCAACCAGAGACAUGGAGGAUAGCAACAAGUUGGGUCGUGGCCUGCAAUGUCUCCAUGGGCAGCCAAGUGUGCUUGGGCCUGCUCUAGUUCCACAUACUUGGACUCCACAUCAAGCAUUCAUGGCUGCAAUGCCCUCUUACAUGCCUUUAAUGUCGGCCCUACGCACCAACAGAUAUAGAGGCGACUAUGCACACUAUGUCCAUGAACCCCCAGAUGUAAAUUGGUACAUGCACACCGGUGCCACAUCUCACAUGACGUCUUCCCAAGGUUAUCUCAUAUCUUAUUUUAAUUUGAGCAAUAAAAAUGGUAAAAUUGUUGGUAAUGGUCAUAUGAUUCCUGUUCGUGGUUGUGGUCACACCUAA